UCCCAAGAGAGUGAGGGGCUAUGGGUCGACACUUCUGAGUGAGAGAGACUGAGGCUGAGCACCACCACCAGCAACCAGCGGCGACAGGUGACCGGCGACCGGCAACGGAGAUUUCAUUCUCUCAUUAUUAAAGAGUUGCAUCAAGUUUGCUGGUGUUUAUGGGCAUAAGAUGGCCAAGGAUUCUAACACCGAAGCAGCUCUCACAAAUAAUACUGAGCCAGAAGAACCCACUAAAAGCGCUUCAAUGUUUUGACGAAGCAAAAUGCAAGUAUCCAACUUACCGUCAUAAUGGUCCUGUUUAUAGCACUAUGAUUAAUAUUUUGGGCAGAUCAGGGAGAAUUACUGAGAUGAAGCGAACAAUUAAUCAGAUGAAAGAGGACUCGUGUGAGUGUCAUGACUCAAUAUUUGUGAAUGCCAUUAGAAGCUAUGCGCAAGCUGGAUUAACAAACGAAGCCAUUUUUCUUUUUAAGUCUCUUCCGGAGUUCAAUUGUAUAGAAUGGACAAGAUCUUUGAGUACUCUUUUGGAGAUAUUGGUAGAAGAAUCUAAGCUAGAAUCUGUUUAUCAGUUGUUCCUUGAGAACUCUUGUGGAUGGGAAGUGAAGUCUCGGGCACAUUUCUUGAAUUUGUUGAUGAAUGCUCUUUGUAAAAUGAAACGCUCUGAUCUUGCAUUGCAUAUUUUUCAAGAGAUGAGUUACCAGAACUGCUAUCCAAACAAAGAGAGUUACAGGAUCUUGAUGAGGGGUUUAUGUGAAGAAAAACGGCUCAAUGAGGCUACUCAUCUAUUGUACUCAAUGUUUUGGAGGAUAUCUCAGAAGGGAAGUGGUGAAGAUGUGGUUGUCUAUCGAGCUUUAUUGGAAGCGUUGUGUGAUAAUGAAGAAGGGGAGGAGGCCUUACAAAUUCUUGGUAAGGUAUUGCGAAAAGGACUAAAAGCUCCGAAAAGUUGCUACAAGCAGAUUGAUCUUACUCAAUGCCGGAAUGGAUCAGAUACAGAAAAUAUGAAAGUUUUGAUUAAUGAAGCUUUGAUAAAAGGCAUAGUUCCCAGUUCAGUUAGCUACAGAGCGAUGGCUGUUGACUUUUACGCCGAAGGCAAGAUUGAUGAAGGUGACAAAGUGCUCAAGGAAAUGCAUGAGAGAGGCUUCAAACCGUCAGUGGCGAUUUAUGAAGCAAAGGUAGCUGCUCUUAUCAGGGAUGGCCAGGUUGACGAGGCAAUUAUGGUCAUUGAUUGUGAGAUGGUGCAAAAAAACUGUGUUCCAAAUAUUAGAUUGUAUAAUGUAGUUAUAAAAGGCUUAUGCCAUGAAAGAAAAUCUACUUGUGCUAUUAAGUAUUUGGAAAGGAUGUCUAGGCAAGUAGGUUGCGUGCCAAACUAUGAAACUUAUGGAACUUUGGUAGAUGGGUUAUGUGAAGAUGGUAAAUACGUUGAAGCAAGCAAGGUGAUGGAGCAAAUGUCAAUUAAUUCCUUUUGGCCUAAAGUUGGAACUUUGAAUUCUCUUAUCCGAGGUCUCUGCCAAGUAGGUGAUUUGCACAGUGCAAUUAUGUGUUUGGAGGACAUGAUCUCUCUAGCCUUGACUCCAGAUAUCAAGGUGUGGCAGUCAUUAUUAGGUGCAAUCUGUUGUGAAAAUGGAUUGAAUGAGGCUUCUUUCAAGACACUGGAGCAGCUACAGACACCUUAGCAUAGUCUAUAACUACAACUGUAUUGCUGGAUUUCGCCCAUUUUCUUUUCUGGUAAUAAAUUUGCUUAACACUUCGAAGCCUUUCUUUUCUAUUUUCCUUCUGGCUAACUCUGAAUUCUAAUUAUCUGUCUUGAUUCAGUUUGUAAUAUAACUACAUGCUGAUAUUUUAACCUUAAUAUCACUAAAUGCCUUUUAGUGGCAUUUAAGGGCAUUACCAUAGUUGUCGCUGAUUAGUAUGUUACAGCCAACUUGUCUCGGCAAUUAAGCAUUAGUUGGUAAAAAUCACCUUUUUAGUGACACUUAAAAAUGCCCAAUAAAAGUCUGUGUCAAGUGAAAAUCAACCUCUAAUAAUAUCCCGGCAAUUAAGCAUAGCCUCUGAUCUGAAGCCAGAGGCAAAAUCUCAUCUGAAAGCUAGAUCUUCAUAGCCCUCCGAUCUGAAGCCUCUGAUGUCCUUCCAUGGUACUCUCUCUGUCCCUCGGAUCAUACUCUCAUCGAAACACCUCUUGGUGUUGAAUAUCAGUGAGGGAAUUAAAAAUUCUAGGGUUUGGAUCUCUCUCCCCCUAUUUUUUAGUUUCUAAAGCAAUCCGAAGACAUAACUCAACUAGUAUGUGGAUGGACAGUACAUUGCCUCCCGGUCUAUUUGAUGGUCUGUUACUCAAACACUCCGAUUGUUUCAAUCAGGUUGGUUUGAUUAUCAUUUUCAUUCAGUUUUUGAAGUUUUUAUCAAUUGUGACAUUGAGCUCUGUUUGGUUGAACGUUUAGGCGGUUACAAUUCUCCUACCGUUAAGUUCAAUUUUAAGGUAAUCUUCAUUGAUUUUUAUGCUCUGUUUUGUCCCAUUGUUUGGAUGGAAGUUUAUGAUUCUCCCACUAUUAAGUUCACUUCUAGGUAAUUUUUGUUGAUUUAUGGGAAAAAAGUUCAGGUGUAUCGGAUUUGUUCGGUUUUCAUUUGAUUCAGUUCUGAAGAUUUAGGUGUUCUGUUAUGCUCUGUUUGGUUGUAUAUUUAGCAAUUUCACUACUAUUAAGUUCAGUUUUAAGAUGAUAUUCCUUGAUUUUUCUUCUUUGUUUUAUCUAUUGCUGGAUGGAAGUGCAUACUUUUCUAGCUAUCAUGCUCAAUUCUAGCAAUUUUUCGUUGAUUUAGGAGCUCAUUUUUUGCUAAUUUUGAGUGGUAUUGCCGGGAUGAUUUUUGUAAAAAAUGAUACAUUUUGCUUUGAUUUGUUGCGAGUGUUCUAGUCCACCAUAUGUAAAGUGUCUGCUUCUUUUUCUGGAGUUAUGAUCUAAUAGCCAAAGAGGAAAAUAACAUCAAGACGGAAAAGAUCUAUGUGCUAUAUUGAGGAUUACAUCAAAUUAAAAGUAAGUCAUUAAUUCAAGUUGUAAUAGAAAUUGUCUAACUAUAUAGUUAUGGUGAGCCACUGAGUAUUGUGUAACUGAUACAUUGGUACAGUGGAUACUCUCUCCUACUAGAAAGGUUGACGAACAAUGAUAAUCAUGAGGAAACUUCAUGGCAUUUGUAGCCUAACUUGAAUAAGUUUCUUGGAUUGGCUUGACCUUUUUGGAAGGAAGCUCGAGCUAUUGCAAAAGCUUUUAUAAUGUAUGCCCUUGAUUUUCAUAUUUUCAUGUACGACCUGUGUUUAGAUGGAGGUUGAUCAUACGUAUUUCAAAACCUUGAGAAUAAAACUGGAUAUAGAGUAUGUGUAAAUUUUAUUCAAAUGAAUAAGUAUAAAGGAUAACCUUCGAUAUAGAAGGUCAUAUUUUCAAAUUGAAUGACAGGUACAAUGACCCUCUUAAACACUUCCUUAACACACAUUAGGUGUUUAGCAAAUAUCACAAAAGGAAAGAGACAUUCUUUUUUAUACGGACUAAAAGCGAAUGUAAGACAAACAAAUUGAAACGGAAGGAGUAAGUAAUUUCUUUCAUGUUAAUGAACCUGUUAUUAUUGGGUAUUAGGGGACAAUCUCUUUCCCAGUAACUUGUUUUUAAGACAUCCCCAUAAAUGUAAAUUGAUUUUAAGACACUAUGGAAGCCACUACUUGUAGUUUGUUUAGAUCGAUAAAUACUCCUUGGAAAUCUCUGUGAAUUGUAUGAUUUUAGUACUAACUUCCGCUAAAGAUUCCAAAAGCUUUUGAGAUUACAACACCAAAAUUUAUUAGCCUAUCUUGUUGCUUAGCUCAUGAUUUGGCAGAACUGCAGAAGGACUGAGUAUCACUUGUUGCGAAAGAUUCCAAAUCUCCUACUAAUUGUGAAUAGAGGAUGCAGAUUAGUAGGCAUAGCUUUUGGGUGAAGUAGUUGUAUGGGCGGAAUAUAUGCUGAAUAGAAGGAAAAUGAUUAAAUUUGAGGCCUGAGACAGGAAGAGGAAGAGAUUGGGAUCGAGCGUAAUGGGCUUCAAAGCAGCUACUUUAGGUGACAUUAAUGAUGUUAAACGGCUGAUGUGAGGAACAUGAUCCGUGAGGCAACAACAUUUUUGUUGGAUGUUCUGAAACCUAACCUUCCAGAGAACAGUUUCCUGCAGACUAAGGUCUUGGAAAUCAAUCUCGUGACUUUCCCAAAUGUUGAUGAUGCUAUAUUAGCCAAUGGAAUGUUCACUCAUUAUGAUCAACCACGAAUUGCUCAACUUUGUGAAAAGGUUGGUCUUUGAUUCGGUCUUUGCAGGAUUGACUGGUUUUCAGCAUUUUUGAGCUUAACUUCCCAUAAGAUAUGACCACAAUAUUGGUUAAUUAUGUAUGUUUCUGCAGCACUACAGUGAACUAUCUGAUAUCAAUCGCGUAAUUUUUUAAUACACAUGCCAUUGAGCCUCAGGUCAGUAUACUCCCGUGGUCGUAUUGACUUACUGUUGAGGGUUGUCGGACGUGUAUUUAUCUAUGUUAUACACUACACCAGAUUUCAGAAAGUAUGUUUCCCAAGUUUCUCAAAAAAGGCAUAAAACUAAGUUGUUCAAAAUAAGAAAAAGAAAAAGCUAAUUCACCUGAAGAAAAAUAAAUAGGAAGUCUUCGUUAGAAGAUACUCACCCAUUUAGAUGUUGAAACUUAUGAAGCAGAGACACCAAAUUUAAGCUCACUGAGUCAAAUCAGAACUUUUUAGGCCUUAAACACUAGCCUGUUUUCUUGUAUUUUUGAAAUUUUGGUUGUGUUGUCUCCGGACCAUUUGUACACCAGGUUUCACCGUUGUUAUGGGCAGCUACUUUGGGUUUUCCCCCCCUCUCUCUCCCUUGUUGUUCUGCUUGUCCAAGACUCUGCUCUGUCUGAAUAUGAGAGAUAUUUGGACAUUUAAAAUUACAUGUACUUCCUUUUUACAGAGAUAUGAAUCAUAAAACUCUCUCAAUCCCUUUUCAUUUUAAGAAAGUAAUCGAGCUUUCAAAGAAAAUUAUGGUGCAGUGGUCAGGUUCAUGUCCUGAUGAAAAAAUUGUUGGUAGGGAGCGCUUCCCCCCAAAUGGAGCCCUACACAAUGCAAAUCCUGAUUAGUCGGGUUCAAAUGUGGGUACUAGACACUGGAUGGAAAACCGAAAUAAAAAGAAGAGAAGUAGUGAACAUAACUGCUCACACUUAGCUUUGAUGGGGGCAUUUUCUCAAGAUCGACUACAUGAUUUCAUUAGAGAGUUCUAAUUCAGAGAGAUGAAUCUUCAAAUAGGGCCAAAAAUCAAAUCGAUCUAUCUAUCUUUCUUUUCUUGUUGGAUGUAUAUUUAUUGACAAGAAUAUUAGAUUUGUACUAGAUCAUGAACAUGUUGUCCAUUGUGUUGUGAGACUUGUAAAUGCUUCUCUAUAUUCUCAUUUCUUCUAACUUCAAAACAAUAAGAUAUCCUUGUCAAUGAUUUCAUUUU